CGUGAUCCGGACGAACAGAUGAUCCGUUCCAUUUAAUAUACGUGGUUUCCACUUUCGCCGAAGGUUGCGGAAGAGGUUCGAGUUUUGUUGUUAUCUCUCCCCCAUCUUGUCUUCGGCUUCCCCCUGGUUUCACGUCUUUCAACCCGUCAAAAUGGUUUCUCCCCAAAUUACCAACCUGGCCAUCAUCUUGGUGAUGAUGCAGCUGGCCAAGAAGGUUCCCUUUGAGAACCCGGAUGUGCUCAUGGCUGUGCGCGGUCUGUACAUCCUGUCCAACGUGAUCAUCCUGGCCAUCAACCUGUACACUCAGGCCAAGAUCAAUUCUAAAAAGGAUAUGACCACGCUCAAGUAUGUUGAGCCUGCCCCCAUGGGCACCGGCGAGGAGGGCAAGCCCGUCACCACCACCAACAUGGACUACGACAAGGGUCAGGUGCGCCAGAUGUUCCGCUCUCAGCUGAUGGGUGUCGGCAUGAUGGCCGUGAUGCACUUCUACAUGAAGUACACCAACCCCCUCCUCAUCCAGUCCAUCAUUCCCCUCAAGGGCGCCUUUGAGAGCAACCUGGUUAAGAUUCACGUUUUUGGCAAGCCCGCUACCGGCGACCUGGCCCGCCCCUUCAAGACCGGCGGUGGUUUCAUGUCCCAGGGUCAGCCCAAGAGCGACAAGGCCUCCAUUGAGAAUGCGGAGAAGAACUACCGGGGUGGUGUCAAGGAGGAGUAA